GUCCCCUGUCCAGCUCCAAUAGAGCACGCAGAGCGGCUCCUCUUGUUCAAGCAACACCACCAUCAUCUCCUCCUCCUCCUUCAUUGAUUCACAGACUUCAAAUUCCCUCACAAGCAGCCUGUCAGCUUCCACAGUGAUCAGAUUAAUAACAAUAGGCUGCGAGCGCACAGAGGGGAGACAACCGGCGCCGCGCGUCCUCCGCGGGAUACUUUGGAUAGCUACAGCUCCGGGAUCCAUCCUGCGCCUGCCUCCUGCUUCGCCCGAGCAGCGUUUCUCCGUGUGUCUACCUGGAUACCUGCGCGCUGUCCUCUGUAAAUGUCGGACUGAACAUAACUGCUAUGACAGGGAAACUAGCGGACAAGAUCCCUCUUACCAUGAGCAGUUUAAUAAACACGAUCCCCGACAGUCUCUACCCGGAGGAGGACAUCCCCACCUCUAUGAAUAUUUUCACCAGCACGGAGUCUAUAAACCACUAUUCACAGAUGAACACAGAUAAUAUCAUGGAUCUAGGCAUGGGAAGCGAGAAGACAAGCUCAGACAUACAGUAUGGAUCCAGCUUCCAGUCCAACCGCAGUGGUCAGACUGUCACGUAUCUGGGGAAGUUCGCCUUUGACACUCCUCCUUCAGGUGGCAUCGGCGGCUCUGGCUGGUGCCCCGACAACAACAUCAUAAGCCUCGUCAGUGCGGGCAUUUUGGGCGUCUCUCCAUCACCCGGCACGGUAACGACGCAGACGCCGUCCUCUGCAGCAAACAUGGGUGGACAAUCGUCAGACAUGGAGCAAGUAUAUGGUCCUCCGCUGCCUGCCUAUUCCACGUGCAGCGACCUGUACCAGGAUCAGGUCUCCUUCCACCACAGCCCUGCCACCAGCACGGCUCUCGCCUACCCUGGAAAUGAAUAUCACUCAACGUCCAAAGCCCCCAUGGAUGGCAGCCUUUUUUCCAUGAUCCCUGACUACAACCUCUUUCAUCAUCAGGGAGAGGUUGGUGUCAUGGAGCACAAACCCUUCCAGACCAUGGACCCUAUCAGAGUCAACCCUCCGCCAAUCACACCGCUGGAGACCAUCAGAGCAUUCAAAGACAAGCAACAAAUCCACCCAGGUUUCAUUGGCGGGCAGCAGCACCAACCCCAGCACCAUCCGCCGCCUCAGACUCUUACACUCAAACCCAUCCGUCCGAGGAAGUACCCCAACCGUCCCAGCAAAACUCCUGUUCAUGAACGGCCACACGCCUGUCCUGCAGAGAACUGUGACAGACGCUUCUCGCGCUCAGAUGAGCUCACGCGUCACCUCCGCAUCCACACGGGUCACAAGCCCUUCCAGUGCAGAAUAUGCAUGAGGUCCUUCAGCCGGAGCGACCACCUCACCACACACAUCCGCACGCACACGGGUGAGAAACCCUUCUCCUGCGAGUUUUGUGGACGGAAAUUUGCCAGGAGUGACGAGCGAAAGAGACAUGCAAAGGUUCACCUGAAACAGAAGGACAAGAAACAGGCGGACAAGAGCAGCGGGGCGGCCGGGAGCCACAGCACGCCGCCAGGCUCCUGCGGGGGGCCAGCAGUGGGAGCAUCAUGACCAUCACUACAUGCACAUGGACUAGACCCUAGCCAGAGAUUAUACAGAGACUUGGGAAGUACAGAUCACAUUCACUAUGAAAUAAAUAGGUGAUUCUCUUC